UUAUUUCUCAUCUUCUCUCUGUGAUUAGAAAGAACCUCCCUAAUUUAAUCAAAAUUUCUAGGGUUUCAUCAUAAAAAAUCUCCCAAACCCUAACCCAAAAACAUAUAUCCAGCAAUUACUCAGUUUCCCCAUAUUCAAUCCAGUCGCGUCUAGGGUUUCAAUUCAGUUUUCAAUUCAAUUCAAAUCAAUCACAAUGGCGCCUGCUGCCAAACCGAGUAAGCAAGGCACAGACGAUUCGGAGACGCCGUCGAACAAUCUCUGGGUCGGGAACUUAGCGAGUGACGUCACCGACUCUGAGCUCAUGGACCUCUUUGCCCAGUACGGUGCGUUAGAUAGCGUCACCACCUACUCGUCGCGGAGCUACGGCUUCGUGUUCUUCAAGCGUGUGGAGGACUCUGCGGCGGCCAAGGAGUCAUUGCAAGGCGCCCUUCUGCGUGGAAACCCCAUUAAGAUUGAGUUUGCUCGACCGGCAAAACCUUGCAAGAAUCUAUGGGUAGGUGGAAUUAGCCCAUCUGUUUCGAAGGAAGAACUAGAAGAAGAAUUUCUUAAGUUUGGAAAAGUGGAGGACUUCAAGUUCCUUAGAGACCGGAAUACUGCAUUUGUUGAAUAUUUUAGAUUGGAGGAUGCUUCCCAUGCAAUGAGAAACAUGAAUGGGAAGCGAUUGGGUGGUGACCAGAUACGUGUGGAUUUUCUUCGGUCACAACCCUCAAGAAGAGAACAGUGGCCUGACUACAGAGACGGACAGUUUCUGUCCAGAAACAUGGGACCCACUGAUUCUCAAAAAAGACAACAGUAUUCUCAAUCUGCUGGGGGACGAAAAGGUGACAGUCAACCGAGUAACGUUCUAUGGAUUGGCUAUCCUCCUUCUGUUCAGAUUGAUGAACAAAUGCUCCACAAUGCAAUGAUUUUGUUUGGUGAGAUUGAGAGGAUUAAAAGUUUUCCUUCAAGGCACUACUCCUUUGUUGAAUUCAGGAGUGUAGAUGAAGCUCGGCGUGCCAAGGAAGGGUUGCAGGGCAGGCUUUUCAAUGAUCCUCGGAUUACAAUUAUGUUCUCAAGCAGUGGGCUGGCCCCUGGUAAAGAUUACUCUGGCCCUUAUCCUGGAGGCAAAGGACCUAGAGCAGAUAUGUUAUUCAAUGAACAACCUCUUCGGCCUUUACAGAUGGAUAUGUUUGGUCAUAACCGUCCAAUGAUGUCUAAUAACUAUCCGGGAGCUCUACCACCAAGUGGCGUUCUUGGACCCAAUGUCCCAAUGAGGCCUUUAGGUCCUCAAGGUAGGUUUGACCUUUCAGGCCCAGAACUUAAUGAUUUGGUGUCGCUUCAUAAUUAUCAAGAUGGCAAUUCCAAGAACCUGAUGGGUCCAAACUGGAGGCGGCCAUCUCCUCCCACACCUGGUGUCCUUUCUUCUCCUGCGCCUGGUAUUAGGCCACACACUAGAUCUGCAUCUAGUGCAUGGGAUGUGUUGGAUGUUAACCAAUUUCAAAGGGAAUCUAAACGAUCGAGGAUAGAUAGUCCUUUGUCCAUGGAGGACCCUCUGUAUCCGUUGAGAAAGAUGGAUGAUCAUGGAUUGGGGUUAGACUCAUCUUAUGGAAUUGGUCCAGUAAUAGAUGGAGGUGCUUCUGGUCCAUCUAUGAAUGGCCAAGGGAUUAGUCCAGCUGGUGCAAGGGUCUCAGUUGGAGGGCCUCCUGAUAAUGAUUAUAUAUGGCGUGGAACUAUUGCCAAGGGUGGAACACCUGUUUGUCAUGCUCGCUGUGUCCCUAUAGGAAAAGGGAUAGGAAAUGAGCUUCCCGAAAUUGUUAAUUGUUCAGCUAGAACUGGACUGGAUAUGCUCACAAAACACUACGCUGAGGCCAUUGGGUUUGACAUCGUUUUCUUCUUGCCAGAUAGUGAAGAUGAUUUUGCUUCCUACACUGAAUUCCUUCGUUAUCUUGGUGCCAAAAAUCGUGCUGGUGUUGCCAAGUUUGAUGAUGGGAUGACCUUAUUUUUGGUACCUCCUUCAGAUUUCUUGAAGAAUGUUUUGAAAGUUGCAGGCCCUGAACGUCUGUAUGGUGUGGUUCUCAAGUUUCCACAACAAGUUCCUAGUACUGUUUCUAUGCACCAACAAAUGCAGCCCAUGCCACCUUCACAGUUCAUAGAUAGACAGCAGAUUCUUUCUUCACAAGCUGAGUAUAGUGCAAUCCCAUCGAAGGAGGAACAUAUUUUGCCAAUGAAUUAUAACAGGGUUUUGCAUGAGGACUCGAAGCUUUCUGCAAAACCACCAUUUCCACCUACUAGUGAGCCCUCUGGACUGCAGCCCCAAGACUAUGCUUCUAGUAAUAGUGCUGCAGUAUCACAAGCUGGAGUUACAUUAACUCCUGAACUUAUUGCCACUCUGGCGACUUUACUGCCUGGAAAUGCACAGUCGUCUGGUCCAGAAAGUGCUAAGAUAUCAGUAUCCUCAGCAGCUAGGCCUUCAUUUCCUGCAUUUGCAACUAAUAAAGCAUCCUCUCCUGGAUGGAAACAAGAUCAACAAAAUUUUGAUCAUACCGGUAAUGCGUUGCAACAGUUAGGUAGUCAAUUUAAUCCGCAUGACCAAAAUCUUUCGCAGUACCAGCCAUAUCCGUCUGUUCCAAACAGUUCAAACCACUCUAACCCGCUGGUCCUCGGUAGCACCCAAUUCCCAGACUCUUCUGUCAGUCUGCCCCUACAUGCUGCAAGUUCAUCCAGACCUUUGAGUAAUUUUACGAUCCCUUCUCAAGGUGGACAAGUUACUGGAUCCUCGCAUCUCAACCAGCAGUAUCUGGCUGAAGCUCCUCUUGGAACUCAGAAAGGCUUUUUAGCACAUGGAACAGAUGCCUCUGGGUUGUACAGUUCACCUGUUUCUCAGCACCACAAUAAUUCUGUGACCUUUUCUGGUCAGACUUAUGGUGCUAAUUCACAGUCUCAGACCUUAGUCCCAUUAGUGUCUGAAAAGGUGAACACAGAAUACCCAAAUCAAAUGCAGCAGCUUCAGUCUGCACUUCUUGGUGCUGGUCAGAGCGCUCCAGAUGGUGAGGCUGACAAAAAUCACCGGUAUCAGUCUACACUCCAAUUUGCUGCUAACCUCCUCCUCCAGUUACAGCAGCAACAACAGCAGCAGCAGCAAAUGGGUAGUCAAUCUGGGCGAGGAUCUGGAAGUCAACAGUGACAAUUAUUACUCCAUAUAGCUUAAAGGGUGAGGGAAUUUAUCUCCAAUUAUAAGUGCACAGCCAUAGCAGUUUCUCAACUCUUGGAUACAGCUAUGGAACAGCAAAAGCAGAAGUAGAAGUUACAGUUAUGCUUUUCAACAAAUGCCCUUUGAGCAACAUUUGCAGAGAUGAAAUCAAAGCCCUCGGUCAAAAACUUUACUCAGUGCAAUUAUAGUUCUGCGCCAUGAUGGCUUUUAAGUUAUUCUAAUUUUAUCUUAUUGAAAGUUGUAAAUGAAUUUCGUACAAUUAUAGAAAAAUUGUUGAGCACCAUAAGUAGUAAAAAAUAAUUUCAGAUUUUAGUUUGUUAAAAUUAUAAUAGAUGAUAAAUAUGAAUUUUCAUUCUAAGGCGAAUUUUUUAAUCCAUAGGAUUGAAGAUCAUAACAAAAAGUUUUACUGAAAGAAAGUUCCCUAGGGAUCCUUUUCUAUUCAGUCAAAAAGUUGUCUUUUCUGCACUUUCGAAUAUGCAUACUUUGUUUGAACUGUAAUUUCUGGCCAAGCUAUAAUGUUAGUUUGGGAUAAAGAUUAAUAAUAAAGAAAAUACUUACCUUUAUCUUGUUUCAUACACACUUUUUUUAAAAUUUUAUUUUUGGGGUGGGGGUUCAUUCAAUCUUAAUUUUUUUCAGAUAAGGGGUCACCUUUAGAUAGAACCUAUCAUCUCCUUCCUUAAUUCAUAUGAGUGAAUUUAUUAUUAGUUCAUGUGAGUAGUUUUAUUAUUAGACUAGCAAAGAGGUAGACAGGAUAUACAUAUAUAUAGACUUGGACAAUGACCAAACAUUGUUCUCUAAAAAAUGAUUUUUCAUAUUAGUUCCUUUUGAAGAAAAAAAAAAAGUACUUGUGGAGCAUGUGGUUUGAAUGGAGUUGUUAAAAUUUGUUGGUAGAAAUGUUUUCAAAAAAUGGUUGUAUUAUUUAAUUUAUUCAGUAUUUGAUUCUUGUUACUUUUACUAAUACAAAGAAUCUAUGGAACUUGAGGUCAUGGACCACACAAGCUGUCCCAUAACAGUAGAACCUGACUUGAAGUUAACGAGUUUAGGUUGACCAUUGCUUGAUAGGAACACAAAUAUGGCACGACCCCUAACACGAAUAAUAGCCGUGUUUAGUUAAUGCCAAACAUGAGUAGCCCAAUUUUGGCAUGAUAAGCACAUUUAACUAGUAUUAUAUAAAGGAAAUCAUUCGAUUUUCCCAUUUUUUAGUAUUCAAUAUAUGAUUUGUCGUAUAAUUUAGGCUUAGUUUUUAUGAGUUUGUUAGUAGCAUGAUUAAGUAGAUUGUUCUUUUACAGGUAAUGUAUAAGUGAUAGAUUUGAUUUAGCAAUAAGGGAAACUUAGUUAUAAGUUUUUAGUUCACCUUAUAAAUGGGUCAACCUGAAUAUGUUACCAUUAAAAAUGAGUUGCAUUAGUGUUGAGAGUUGAGUCAUUUGUCAGAUUAAUUAAAUGGGUUGGGUUAGGGUUGACUAGUAUAUUAUAAACCAGUUGUAUUAGUGUUGAGUGUUGAGUCAUUUGACAGAUUAAUUAAAUGGGUCGGGAUAGGGUUGACUAGAAGUCAACGUGAACACGUCCCCCUACCACGAAUUGCCACCCUUAGUUACAUUAACCCUUAUUCCAUCUAGUUUGGAUCCCGAUGAAUUACACCUUAAUGAAGUGAGUGAAUGCGAUAGUUGCUCAAGUAUUCAAUCUCUCUUUUUUCUUAAGGAAUGCUUUUAGCUAAACUAACUCUUAGAAUGAAUCCUCCCAUUGGAUGACACUUAACCAUGACCAAGACAGUUGGAGCCACUCGAGCCCACUUAUGGAAAUGUGGUAUAUGCGUAUGGCUCCAGCCAGAAGGUUAAUUGAAGUAAUAUAUCUCUUGUAGAACUAGCACUAAUGGAUAUAUUCCAAGUUAUUUUCGCCCUUCUAAUUCGCACUUGAGAUCAUAUUCACUUUUACUUUUCAACACUCAUGCCCUUUAUCACUAUUUGAACUUCUAUGUUCAUGAUUUGACUUUAUUUUUCUAAAAAUGAUUUUGACAAAAUUAAUGUUGCCAAGUAUGUUGUGGAACUCUUGGAUUUUUCAAGCAUACGGAGAUAGAUAAACAAUAAAUGCCUUUUAUAUGCAUUUUUUAAAAUAAAAAAAGGUCUCCUAUAUGCCAACAUGAAUGUCAUGUAUUACAUCAGAGUUCUGCAUUUAUUUAUGUUAAUUAAUGAUGAAAUCUUCGAUUUCUAAUUUUCUACCAAUUCAGAAACACUUUUGUGGUCGUUGUGUGUUUUUGGUUGUUUUCUAAUUUGGAACAUUUAACUUUCACGUAAGAAGAAUCCUUCACUUAAGUAGUUUUAUCCUUACUUCGGAACAAAUUAGGUUUUUUCUUUUCCCAUCAUGUGUCUUUCCUUUUUUCUCUUUCAAUUCUUCCUUAUAUUUGUAAUUAGUGGAGAAAGUUAGAUAAACAAGUUACAGGUAAGGAAGGGACUUCCAUCAAUAGAACUAUGAUUUUGGGCAUGUGAUAGGUUGUUUCUGAAAGUCGAGAUGCAUCGUACAACUGGACUCUUGCUUUGUAGAGUUACCAAAGUUCUCCACCUGCUCUGAACCAGUUAUUUUGGCGAUUCUGUUUUCCAAGCGUGGUUCCUAAUAUUUCGAACCAGGACUACCCCCAACAUAAUGCGUACGAGGAGCGUAUCACAUUCCCAUACCCAUUCCAGUAUCCUACUAAUCCGGGUACAUACCUAUUAGACAAUAGGACAUCGAUUUUUGAUGUUUGCAGUCUCAUCUCUAUGAUGGAAGCCCUUCAAUGAUCAUUUCUGUUAAGGUUAAGCCACGUAAUGUAGAACACAUUCAUUUAAAAUCAUAUAUUGCUAUUAUUUGAAUGUAAAAUUGAAAAUAGUUGUCACAUCUGUUACGUUGUUUUGAUUUUUUUUUGGGUGGGUUUAUAUAAAUCUAGAAUGAUAGGAGGGGGAAGAUAUUCUAUUUUGUACAUCCUAUGAUUUUUUGAGAAGGAUGUAAAUUUUGUUGUAUAUCUUCACUUCAAUGGUUGAUUAUUUUAUUAUUAUUAUUUUUUCAACUGGGUGGUUCCAGCUGCAUGUGUGGCAUUGCAUUAUUUUGUCAGAAUGACAAUUAUUUGGAGUAAGUAAUAGGGGUUUGGUGUUGGGAAGAUGUGCAGUGGUGAAUAGACAGAUUUGAGGAUGUGAGGGAUGAGGAGGUGUGGAGAGGGUUCGUUUUUGGGCUUCUCUUUGGGUAUUGGUGUUGUCAAAGUUUAGGAAGAGUUUUGCAACUAUGUUACUUUGAAAUUGAUUUUGUAGGUUCUCGAUGUCCUAUUGUCUAAUAUAACAGUAUUAAUCUGAAUUAGAACAUUUAGGUAUAUGUUGUAAUCGUAGCAAUGAAAUGCUUUUGUGUAAACUUGAUUGUUUAAUAAGCAUUAUGUUUCAUAGCUCAGUAAGUUAUUUUGUGGUGGGUUGUAUGAUCAAAUUUUUGUAUACAGUUGAGGAUGCAUAAUUUGAUAUAAACUUUUUAGUUUUUAUUAUAUUGUGGUUUCUGCAUAAAUUUGGACAGUAUUGUUAAUCUAGGACUCAAGUUGUUUUCUUGAUGCAGCUGCAUUGUCAUUGCUAGUUUUAUCUUUUCGAAAACAUGUUUUUAUUAGUUUUUUCUUUCUAAGAAUACUUGUUUCAUGUUUGGUCCAUUGAUUGUGUAUAUUACACUUGUUGAUAUAUGUUGACACUUUUCUUGUGCUUAAGGUUACUUUGUUUUAUUUAUUUUUUAUCCUUGUCUGCAACUAUUAACUUAUAAUGUGCAUUUGAAACUGCUUAUGUUUUUUUGGCGGUAGUUUGUCUCAUUAGUUUUGUGCUCCUGUUAUUUUAGUGGAUUGUUCUUUAUAUGUGAUGACAUGGUUUUCAGUUAUAGCAAUUAUUAUUGAUUUGAUAAUUUAUGCUGCUAAAGAGAGCACUAUAUUGAAGUGUGUUAUCUUCUUUCUUUUUUCCCCAUCAGUUUUCUUCUACCAUGCAUUACAUGUUUAUUUUAUAUUUGUAGCCUGAACUUGUUCUAUUUAGUUUAUAUUUUUCUGGCCUUUCGAAGCGAUGGUCUUUUGUGACUAUUAUCUGACUUUAGGGUAAGUCUUUUUCAACCUUAUCGAAUUGUAACUAUGAUAUGUAAUAUGUUAUGUAAGAGUUCUUCAGACAUAAUUUCAUGAAAAUUGCAAUGCUUGGUAAA